AUGUCAUGGUAUGUGGAGAAUCGGCGCAGUUUGGAGGAGCAGGUCAAGAAGUACUCAGAUCCGCCCUCGGAGCACCUGCUGCCAGACCUGCCGGCCCACGCCAGGCAUGUGCGGACGCUGGUGCUGGACCUGGACGACACGCUGAUACACAGCGACUGGACGCGCGGCCGCGGCUGGCGCACCUUCAAGCGCCCUGGAGCCGAAGAUUUCCUGCGCCAGAUGGCGCAGUACUAUGAGCUGGUGGUGUACACGGACCAGCUGCCCACCUACGCAGACCCCAUCCUGGACAGGCUCGACCCGCAGCGCUUCAUCCAGUACCGCCUUUACCGCGACUCAACGCAGUACAUCAACGGCAAGCACGUGCGCAACCUGAACUACCUGAACCGGGACCUGGACAAGGUUCUGCUCAUCACUGCAAAUGAGGACGCAUACUCGCUCCAGGCAGACAACGCCAUCAAGCUGAAGCCGUGGAAGCUGGAGUCGGAGGACACGGCGCUGCUGGACCUGCUGCCGCUGCUGGAGCAGGUCUUCCGCACCAACGUCCCCGACGUGCGCGCGGUCGUGCGCAGCUUUGAGGGCGAGGACAUUCCAAGCGCUUUCCGCGAGCGCAUGCGCGCCCUGGCCGCCAAGAAGCAGUCCCAGCGCCCGGGCCUCUUCGCCGGCCUACGCCGCUAAAACGGCUGGGCCGGGCCUGUGCGCGCCGCCGAGAUGGCCGGGCCAGGCCGGUCCGGGGUGCAAGUCUCUUCAAGAAGAGAUGUUCUGGCGUGCGCGCGGCUGAGCAGGUGGGCCGGGGUUGUCGAGAUCCGCGUGGGCUCUGGGUGUGGCAGGGCUCUUCAGCCGCCUGCGCCGCUGAGACGGCCGCGCCGCGGAUCGGCCCGGCCACUGACUGGCUCGGUUGGCGCGCGCCGCGUGUUCGCGUCUCUUCUGCUCAGCGGGUGGCUCU